UUACUGCAGUCACCGGUCACCGGUCGCCACAGCGCCAUGACGUUGGAGCGCUUACCGGCGCUCGCCGGCGCCAGCGGCGCGUUCUCGGCGGGCGUCAAGGCGCAUAAGGCCGGCGACCUGAAAGGCGCUGAGGAGCUCUACCAAGAGGCGUUGCAGCGCUAUGGCCAGGGCCAGAGCCUCUCAGAUGCUGAUGCUGCGGAGCUGCUGCAUCUUCUGGGAGCGUUGAAGGUCCAAAAACUCGUCGGCAGCGACGACGACGACGACGAGUCCGCCGCGUCGCCGGCCGCCGCGGACGCGCUGCCGG